UACAACAACUUCACUUCAAAUAUUCUGUGCUUGUAGUGAUGAUGAUGAAUGUUGUAGUUUACGCGGUGUUGAUGGUGCAGCUACUUGCAUGGACCAGCAGUGCAGUGGUGGUGUCAAGUGGGAAGUGCAUUGAGAGUGAAAGGCAAGCUCUGCUUUCUCUCAAACGUGGCUUCAAUGUCAUGUAUGAUGAUUGGCUGUCUUCAUGGGGAGAUGGGGAGCAGCAGAAGGAGUGUUGCAACUGGGAAGGCGUCAACUGCAGCAACCACACAGGCCACGUUGUGAUGCUUGAUCUUCACGCCAAUGAUGCUGUGGUAGUUUACCUUGAAUCCAUAAGCCCAUCACUGGGUGAGUUACAUCAUUUGAAGUAUCUGGACCUUAGUGGUAAUCAGUUUACUCACACUCCAUCCAUCCCUCCUUUCAUUGGCUCUUUAACAUUUUUGGCACACCUCGAUCUCUCUUUUUCUUCCUUUGGUGGAAACAUACCCCCUCAAUUGGGAAAUCUACUCUUCCUCGAGUAUCUUGAUCUUGAAGGGAAUUACUUUUCGCAACAAAUCCCUUCUCAGUUCUCAAAUCUCUCCCAUUUAGUGUACCUUGAUCUUAGUUUCAAUGCUCUGGUUGGAGAAUUCCCUCUUCAACUCACAAAUAUGUCAUCCUUGACAUAUUUGGAUCUUAGUCUCAAUUACUUCAAUGGAACACUGCCUCCUCAGCUUGGAAACCUUUUAUCCUUGGAACAUCUUGAUCUAAGUAGAAAUGCAUUCACCGGAACCAUUCCUAGUCAAUUCAAUUACCUGUCUCGCUUACAGUAUCUUGACCCCUAUCCUUAUUCUUAUCUCUGGGACAUAACCAUGUCAUUAAGUUCAGAUUUACAAUGGCUAUCUGAACUUUCAACCAUGAGGUAUCUUUCACUUCCUUGGGUGAAUCUAAGUGGUGCCAGUAAUUGGCAACAACAAGUGAGUAGCCUUUCUCAUCUUCAAUAUUUAGACUUGAAUGGUUGCAAUCUUGUUGAUUCCGUGCUCACUUCAUCACUUGCAUCCCCUUCUAAUUUCUCCACUUCUCUGUCAUAUGUGGAUAUCUCUAACAACUCUCUAAGGGAUGCAUCCUUCAUAUUCCCAUGGUUAAUGAAUUCCACAGGUAGCCUUGUUACUCUGAGAAUGAAUGAUAAUGGUUUAACAGGUACCAUUCCAGAAACAUUAGGGGACAAGUUGAGCUCCCUUGAGGAGUUAAAUCUUGCAAAUAAUGAGCUCAAAGGCCAAAUACCUCUAUCCUUGUUUCAUAGUUGUAAUUUGGCAUACCUUGACCUCUCCAACAACAACUUGACAGGGGAGUUCCAUGAAUAUAUUCGAGAGUAUUCUCGUUGUGCUCAUAAACCCUUGCGAUUCUUGGAUCUGGGAUGGAAUGAAAUUACGGGGAUACUGCCUGAAAUCUCACAUCUUUCAUCUUUGGAAGAGUUACGACUUGGUAACAACAGAUUAAGUGGAACUAUACAUGAAGGUAUUGGACAACUAUCCAACUUAACUGAGUUAAGCCUUGGAAAUAACUUCCUGAAAGGUUUGAUUUCUGAAGCUCAUUUCUCAAGACUUUCCAAUCUUGGCACUUUGGAUUUGUCUCAUAAUGCAUUGGCUUUUAAUGUUAGCGUCGAUUGGAUUCCCCCUUUCAAUUUAACUGACAUUUAUUUGGCCAGUUGCAAGUUGGGGCCUAACUUUCCAACAUGGCUUCAUACCCAAACGAGGAUUGACAAUUUGGAUAUUUCCUGUGCUGGAAUUUCUAGCACUGUUCCAAAUUGGUUUUGGGAACCCCUUCCUCGGAUGAUGUAUUUGAAUAUUUCUCAUAACUGUUUUCGAGGAAAAUUUGAAGGCCCAAUUCUACCAGCACCUGAUAUUUUCUUAUUUCUUUCAAUUGAUUUGAGCUUCAAUUUAUUUGAAGGCCCAAUUCCAGCAUUCCUUUCAACUGCUUCACAAACUUUUUUGUCCAAUAACAGUUUUUCAAUUGCAAAUCCUCUUUUAUGUGCAAACUCGACCAAAUACAUGACAUUUAUGGAUUUGUCAAACAACGACCUUAGAGGAGAACUUUCGGAUUGUUGGAGGGGUUUUGAAUCAUUGGUAGUCCUAGAUUUAUCCAAUAAUCAGUUUUAUGGAGACAUGCCAAAGUCUUUGGGAUCAUUAAGAAAUAUCAAGUCAAUACAUUUAGGGGGGAAUAAUUUUUCAGGAGAGAUACCAUCAUCCUUGAAUAAUUGCACACAACUACAAGUUUUUGAUGUUGCAGGUAAUAAGUUGUCAGGAACAAUACCAAGCUGGAUUGGGGAUAAUAUUCCAAAGCUACUUGUACUUAGCUUACAUUCCAAUAACUUUCAUGGAAACAUUCCAUUAAGCAUGUGCAAUCUCGAUGAACUUCGUGUCUUGGACCUCUCUCUCAAUAUUCUCUCUGGCAGUAUACCUAAAUGCAUAAGUAAUCUGUCUGCUAUGGCCACUCAAGCAAAUUCAAAUGCAACCAUUACCCAUGACUAUCAUUAUGAAUAUGCCAAUAUGUAUCGUACUUCUACUGCUCUACGUGAAGUUUCCGGAGUUUAUAAUGAUAGCGCAUCACUGACAUGGAAAGGGAAAAUGUCAAAAUAUGGAAGCACCCUGGGAUUGUUGAGAAGUAUUGAUUUCUCCAGCAACAGGUUAACAGGGGAAAUACCAAUUGAGAUGAUGACUCUUAUUGACUUGGUUUCUUUAAAUCUUUCAAGAAACUUGUUUAGUGGACACAUUCCUCCAACUAUUGGACAGCUGAAGUCAAUAGAUUUUCUUGAUCUAUCCAGAAAUCAUUUAUCAGGAAGAAUUCCUUCACAGCUUGCUCAGAUUGACGAUCUCAGUGUUCUUGACAUGUCAUACAAUGAUUUAUCCGGAGAAAUCCCACUUGGCACGCAACUUCAAACUAGGGAUGCCUCUGCUUAUGCAGGAAAUCCAAAACUUUGUGGUGCUCCCCUCAACAAUACUUGUCCCAUUCAUGGUCACCAGAUCAGUGAACAUGAUGCUGAUGGUGAUGAUGAACAAUUUGUAAACGAGGGGUUCUACAUUGCUAUGGCUGCUGGAUUUGUUAUGGCAUUUUGGGGAGUUUGCUUCUCAUUGAUUUUGAAGAAAUCUUGGAGAUAUGCUUAUUUCAAGUUGUUGAGUGAUGUCUAUGACAAGCUCUAUGUGUUUACAGCGAUCAAGGUGGCAAAAUUCAAAAGGUUCAGAUCUCAAAUAUGAAGGCAAAAGAGUAGACAAUAUCUUGUGUUGAAAAGAUAGAGCUUUGUUUGUGAUACAGCCAGAAUCUUUAUGCAUGUGUAUCCAUUUGAAAGGAGACCAAUAACAUUUAGUGAUGCAGUUAAUAUACGAAAAAAGUUUGUUAAUAUAUUAAGUAUCUAUUAAUAUAUAAUAGGAGAGUAGUAUAUGGUUGGUUGUUUGACAAGUGUCAAACCUAUAUGAUCAACAAGUGUUUUACUUGAACGAUUGACAAGUGUCAUGUUAAAAAAAUUAAGAAAAUCAAUACAUGAUAGUAUAGAAGAAGCUAUUAUUGGCAUUUGGAUCUGAACAUGUUGGAUAUUAAGCGGGAAUUUGAAUUUCAAAUUCAAAAUCAUUUUGUUCCAAAAUCAUUCCUUUUCUUAUCCUCAUAUAUAUGUUUGUUUUCAUUUGUCCUCCCUAAAUUAAAAUUUGAAAAGAUGAGUAGAGAAAACCGGAGAGGAUUCAGGGAGACAGAGACUGAACGAAAUAGAGAAGAAAAUACGAGGUGAUGAAAGAAAGAACGACUGAAGGAGAAGUGGCUGGUGACAACAGUGAGAGACAAGGACGCUAGAUCGAGAGAAAAAAAGGAAGAGGAAUGAGGCAACUACGGUGAUAGAGGCUAUCGCCGCCCUUGGUUCCGUAGGAACGCGUCCACUGUAUGGUAGACUAAUAUUUUAUUUUUGUUGGAGGCAGUGCUUCCAUAGUAACGCUAAGGGCUUCAUUAAGGUAUCUCUGUCCCUAAACUUAUCUUCAGUAAAUAUAUUUAUAGCAAUGGAGUGGGCUUGGGAUUAUUGACUGCAAGGAAUUUCUGAUGACCACUGAUUUCUCUCCACCUUUUCUCUCAAUCUCUCCUCUCUUACACCAGGAUCUCCUCCCGCGUUUCCAUCAAAGCAGAAAAGAAGAAAACAUGACGAUGAAGAGGGGAAGCACGACGAAAGAAGGAGAAGAUUGAGGCGA